AUGCCCGCUCCUACUGGGACCAAACGCGUUAGGGGCGUAUCUGCUUACCGACCAUUCGUGUUUGGAAGUGAAGCAAUCCCCUUCGACCCCGAGAAGCGACCCGCAAAUGCCCCUGUAGACCACACACACCAAUGGCGCGUUUUCGUCAAGGGCGUCAACGACGAGGACAUUUCAUACUGGCUGAAAAAGGUGCAAUUCAAACUCCACGAAACCUAUGCGCAAUCAGUCCGAACGAUCGAACAGCCGCCGUUUGAGGUGACGGAGACGGGAUGGGGCGAGUUUGAAAUCCAGAUCAAGCUCUACUUUGUCCCCGAGUCGACGGAGAAGCCGCAGACGCUUUGGCACAGUCUAAAGCUGCACCCUUACGGCGAUGAUAUUGAAGGGAAGCGCGAGCGACGGGAAAGGGUUAUUAGUCAGAACUACGAGGAAGUCAUCUUCAACGAGCCUGUUGAGCAGUUCUACGACAUGCUUACGGGGGGGCCCAGCAACCAGCCAUCCAAGGGGAAGAGUGGCAAAGCCAAACAAUUACAGCAUGGAGGCGGGAGAACGGCAGAAAUUCCAGAUAAUGACAGCCCUGGAAACCCUUAUAGCAGAGCAACGGAACACGCUGAGCUGGGAAGGCUCGACGAAGCUUUGAAGACGGUUGACCAGAUGAUCAAGGAAGAAAAGACGAAGCUGGUCGAGAGAGAAAAGACAUUGACCGAGCUGAAGGAGGUUGAGGGUGUUCCGGUCGUCACGAAAAAGAAAUGA